GUGUCGUCUUCUCUUCUUCAUCGCCAGAUGCAGACGCUCGUGUCGGCACGUGGCCUCUCAUGGCCGCCCCCAACAUCUCCAACCUCGUUUCUCACGAUGAUUCGAACCUUAUCACCAUCACGGGACUUCUGAGAAACCCGCCGAACACCAGGCCGCUGGUCUUCGCCGUCGUCCUCCUCAUCUACAUCGUGGUGCUGGGGGGCAACGUCCUCCUCUGUCUCGUCAUUAGCCGCGAGAAGCGGCUCCACAGGCCCAUGUACAUCCUGCUCGCCGGCCUGGCCCUCAGCGACAUCGCGGGCAGCACCGCCACGCUGCCCCGGAUCAUGACCGACCUCGCAGCGAGCAACCGCAUCACGCUCGCCGAUUGCGUGGCGCAGAUGCUGGCCGUCCACUUGUACCGCGCGCUCGACUGCUAUAUCUUGUCCGCCAUGGCCCUCGAUCGCUACGCCGCCAUCUGCCACCCGCUGCGCUACCCGGCCCUGGUGACCAACGCCCGGACGGCCGCGGUCUUGGCGGCUGUGGCCACAGCAUCGACCGCCAUCGUGUCAGUCAUUCUGGGCCUGAUGCUCGCCCUCAAGUUCGACGGCUGCGCCAAGCCCAAGGUGCUGCCGGGGGCCUAUUGCGACGUCAUGUCAUUGGUGAACAUCUCCUGCAGUGACGGCGUCGCGAGCAACGCGUACAGCGUGGCCGUGGCGGUGGUCACCGUGGGCACGUCGUUGGCCGUCGUCGCGUUCUCGUACGCGCGCAUCCUGUACGAGUGCGGCUUCAGGUCGGAGCGCCGGGACCUCCUGGCGAGCAGGGGGCACGUCAAGGCGAGGAGGACCUGCGUCUCGCACAUCCUUGCGCUAGCCGUAUUCUACGCACCGCUGCUCUUCGUCAUCACGUACAACCGCAUCGACAAGUAUGUGGUGCUCCCAGACAACGUGCGCUCGGGGCUCAGCUGCCUCUUUUACGUGGCCCCCCCGGUUCUCAAUCCCAUCAUUUAUGGACUGCGCUCGGGCGAGAUCAGAAGGACCGCCAAGCGCCUGUUUUCUCUGAAGCCCUUCGCCUCCUCCGUGAGCCCCCUACCCACCCUCCCGAACCCGCCUCCUCCUCCUCGCUCUCUAACGCGCGAGCUAUCGCGACCAAUGUUGUGA